AUGGUUUUUUUAUGCCUCCUCUUCUCUGUGCCAUUUUUUUCAGUGCCACCCCUCUCUGUGUCGUUUUUUAAAGCCACCCACACUAAUCUCCCCGUUAGUUUCUUCCAUGCCUCUCUCUCUCUUCCUUUUUCUUCAUGCCUCUCUCUCUUCCUGUUAGUUUUCUCUAUGCCUCUUUCUCUCUUCCUUUUAGUUUUCUUCAUGCCUCUCUCUCUUCCUUUUUCUCUAUGCCUCUCUCUCUUCCUGUUAGUUUUCUUCAUGCCUCUCUCACUUCCUGUUAGUUCUCUCCAUGCCUCUCUUCCUUUUUCUUCAUGCCUCACUCUCUUCCUGUUAGUUUUCUCUAUGCCUCUCUCUCUCUUCCUUUUAGUUUUCUUCAUGCCUCUCUCUCUUCCUGUUAGUUUUCUUCAUGCCUCUCUCACUUCCUUUUUCUCUAUGCCUCUCUCUCUUCCUGUUAGUUUUCUUCAUGCCUCUCUCACUUCCUUUUUCUCCAUGCCUCUCUCUCUUCCUGUUAGUUUUCUUCAUGCCUCUCUCUCUUCUUUUUUCUUCAUGCCCCUCUCUCUUCCUGUUAGUUUUCUCCAAGCCUCUCUCUCUUCCUUUUUCUCCAUGACUCUCUCUCUCUCUCGUCAUAUUAAUUUUUCCACGCCGUCGGUUCAUUAUCUAUCUAUCUAUCUAUCUAUCUAUCUAUCUAUCUAUCUAUCUAUCUAUCUAAUCAUAUCAGUCUUUUCAUACCGUCCUAAUUAUGUAUUUUCUCAUAUCAAUCUCCUCCUAUCUAUCUAUCUAUCUAUCUAUCUAUCUAUCUAUCUAUCUAUCUAUCUAUCUAUCUAA